GUGUCGAGGAGGCUCCACUCGGUGCUCGUCAGCUGAGAGAGAGCGAGAGAGAGAGAGAGAGAGAGAGCGAGAGAGAGAGAGAGAGAGAGCAAGAGAGAGAACGAUAGAGAGAGAGAGAGAGAGAGAAAGAGAGAGAUCCUCCUUGGCAUCCACCCGUCAGUGUGUGGCAGUGUGAUGUUGACUGACUGGGGGAUACUGGAGGAAACACACACAGAGGACCGGGACGAAACUCUCUCCUGUUUUUCCUUCUCCUAUCAUCGUUUCUUCUCUCCAGAUGGUUUUGUAGCCGGACCGCCUGCAUCCAUCCAUCCAUCCAUCCACCUCAGCAUCGCGCAGGAUUUUGUGCUUUUUCUUUUCUUUCUCCUCUCCUUGAUUGGCUGAACCGGGUCUGAACCCAGCCACCCUGGGCCGGGCUGCGGGGCUGUUCAGCGAGCCUUAUAGCUCCAGUUGGCACCCGAGAUGAUGAUGAGCGCCUGGAGACCCGGCAGCGGCAGCGGGGCUCUGCUCUCCUCGCCGGGGAGAGGCUCCGGGUCGUGGCGGUGGUGCUGGUGGUGGUGGUGGGUCGUGGUGGUCGGGGUGUCAGUGGGCUCUGGGGAUCCGUGGAUGUCCGCGGAGGCAUGCCCGUCGUCCUGCUCCUGCAGCAGCACCAGGAUCUCCUGCGUGGACCUGGAGAGAGGUAUCAAUGCUUUCCCAGUCCUGCAGAGCGAGGCGGAGAUGGAGAACAUCACCGACAUCUACAUCGCCAACCAGAGCAGCUUCUCCUCCAUCAACGACAAAGACCUGUACUACUACAAGAAUCUCAGGAACCUAACGGUGACCAACAGCAGGCUAACAUACAUAUCGAAGCUGGCCUUUCAAAACAACAUCAAGAUACAGUACCUGAACCUGAAAGAUAACAACCUGUCGUCGCUGUCCUGGAGGAUAUUCAAACACCUCAACAUCUCUUAUCUGAUCCUGACAGGGAACCCUCUGCACUGCUCCUGUGAGAACAUGUGGAUCAAGCUGUGGUUAGGAGAGGAAGCAGACACUCAGGAGCUGCGCUGCAUUGAGGAUGGAGGAGGACGCAAGCUGCUGUCCAAACUGAUACUACCUAACUGUGAGGUUCCCAUGGCAACGUUGAGCCCAUCUAAAGUGACACUAAUGGAGGGGAAGCACGUGGACCUUUCUUGUACGACCUCUGGCGUGCCCUCACCUCAGCUGAUAUGGAACAUGGCGUUGGUCUCCAACUAUGAGAUCGAGACAUCAGGCCAGAUUUCGGUGCUACGACUGUCCAACCUGUCGUCGCUGGACCACAACAGCAAGAUCAGCUGCACAGCUGAGAACAUCGUUGGAGAGAAAGAGUCCUCGCUGCUGCUGGACAUACUUUUUCCUCCCAAAAUCACUAAACUGAGUGAUGCCAUCCCUGACCAUCACUGGUGCAUCCCCUUCAGCGUGUCAGGAAACCCCGAGCCAAAGUUAGAAUGGUUUCUGGAUGGUGAAGCGGUGAUGGAGGGAGUCUUCAUCAUGACCAUGAUCCAUGACAUCACAGAGAGAGAGUACCACGGCUGCCUGCAGCUGGACAGCCCCACACACCUCAACAAUGGGCGCUACACGCUUUUCGCGAAAAACAAAUAUGGGACAGACCAAAAGGAGGUGGAGGCUCACUUCAUGCGCAAACCCUGGAAUGGAACAGAUAAGGAACCGUACUAUUAUGAUAACACAGACGGCCCAGGCGCCCCAGUAGACCCUCCUGAAGACAGAGUUGCUGUGUACGUGGUGGUGGGAAUUGCUGCUGUCGCCUUCACUGGUUUCCUUCUAAUGUUGGUUAUUCUCAAAUUUGGAGGCAACUCCAAGUUUGGCAUCAAAGGACCAUCUUCGGUGAUCAGUAACGAUGAUGACUCGGCCUCUCCUCUUCACCACGUCUCCAAUGGCAGCAACACUCCUUCAUCCUCAGAAAUGGGCCCUGACGCCGUAAUCAUCGGCAUGACCAAGAUCCCGGUGAUAGAAAACCCUCAGUACUUCAGGAGCACAAACAGCCUGCUCAAAACUGACACAUUUGUCCAGCAUAUAAAGAGACACAACAUUGUGCUGAAGAGAGAGCUGGGAGAGGGAGCCUUCGGAAAAGUCUUCCUCGCCGAGUGUUACAACCUCUCGCCUGACCAGGAGAAGAUACUGGUGGCUGUCAAGACACUUAAAGAGGCCAGUGAAAACGCCAGGAAGGAUUUCCACCGUGAGGCUGAGCUGCUGACCAACCUUCAGCAUGAACACAUCGUCACGUUCUAUGGAGUGUGCGUGGAGAGCGACCCGCUCAUCAUGGUGUUUGAGUACAUGAAACAUGGAGACCUCAACAAGUUCCUCAGGGCUCACGGUCCGGAUGCAGUUCUGAUGGCAGAGGGCCAGACCACCAGACCUGUGGAGUUGACCCAGUCUCAGAUGCUGCACAUCGCCCAGCAGAUAGCAUCUGGCAUGGUCUACCUGGCAUCACAGCACUUUGUGCACCGUGACUUGGCCACCAGGAACUGUCUGGUGGGCGAGAACCUGCUGGUGAAGAUUGGAGACUUUGGCAUGUCCAGAGAUGUCUACAGCACGGAUUACUACAGGGUAGGUGUCGGAGGUCACACCAUGCUGCCAAUCCGCUGGAUGCCCCCUGAAAGCAUCAUGUACAGAAAGUUCACCACAGAGAGUGAUGUUUGGAGUCUAGGGGUUGUUCUCUGGGAGAUCUUCACCUAUGGAAAACAGCCCUGGUACCAGCUCUCUAAUAACGAGGUGAUAGAGUGUAUAACCCAGGGCCGGGUGCUGCAGCGCCCCAGGACCUGUCCUAAAGAAGUCUACGACCUGAUGCUGGGCUGCUGGCAGAGAGAGCCGCACAUGAGACUCAACAUUAAAGAGAUCCACGGGCUGCUCCUCAAUCUGGCCAAAGCCUCACCUGUAUACCUGGAUAUACUGGGCUGAACCCGGGAGGACUGAGGAUGUUUGUGUGUGUGUGUGUGUGUGUGUGUGUGUGCGUGUGUGUGUGUUUGGGUGGGGAUGUACAUGUAUCUUAGUGUGCAUUUGAGGUUGCAUGCAUGUGUGUGUGUGUGCUAGGGUGGACACCUGUGAAUGAAAUGAAAGUGUGCGAUGCUCGUGCAAGUGCAGGUAUCGCUGUACAGGACGUGAAGCUAUUAUCAAACUCUUAAAAAGGCAAUCAAAAAAUUCCUCAACUCAUCCCCAACCGCGUCCCUCCUCCCUGCCAAUUUCCUCUCCUUUGUGCAUCUCUACUCCUUCCCUCCUUCCUUCCCUCCCUCCCGGAGAGACAUUUACUUCAAUUUAACUUUGGAGGGGAUAAAAAAAAGCUUCUCACUUCUUUGGAAAUGCUUUAAACUGACUGGGGCUAAAUUGAUGAAAACCUGAUUAACAGGACUUUAAAUUAAGCGACUCAUCCCUCGCUGCCUGUCGGACAACAGGACUUUCACCGGAAAUUCAAGGAGGCGCAGCUUUUUGGGAGGAUUUCCUGAAGCUUCGAUCCUUUUUGCGUGUAAAUAUGAGACUGAACGACGGUGAGACGUUUCAGAGGAGGUGACUCUGUGAGAUGUUGAGCCAUGAAGACACUGUGUUUUCCCCUCUCACCUUGUCUGUUUGUCUGUCUGUGUGUCUGUCUGUCUUUCUGUCUGUCCCUCAGAACUGUACAUGAGUAUUAAUGUCAGCAUUCAUCCAACAUGGCCAGAGGAAAUGAUGAAUAACACACUGGUGCACAUAGAUUGACUGGAACAGAAAAACGAGCAGGCAAAGUAAACACAAUCUGGUUUUCUGCCUGUCAGAUAAAAUCAGGAGGUGCGAUGACAAAAGAUGAUUUCUGGUUGGCCAAUUUCACUGAAAAAACAAAAAAAAGAAUCACUAACAAUCCAGUGCCUACUGAAGCUGAACUGCUGUGGUGGAAAUAGGCUCUACUAUACUACUAGAAAUGAGGCUAUGAUCUAUAAUAUCUCCUCAUGAAACAGUCUGAUAAACAUGAUUACACGGAUAUAUGCACUCAUAUUUUCUGUUGCAUAUUUGCUUUGCUCAGGCCUGGACUGCACUGUCAUACAACACGGGGUAACAUGAUGACUACUUUUUUUUUCUACCUCCUCCGAAGUGACAGAUGCUUCGCAUGUGAUGUCAAGCGCUGGUGUCGGAGGUCAAUUGAUUAAUUUGUCCGCAGCUGUCCCACAAUCGUUGGUGUUGAGGGUGGGGGAGGGGAGGUGCUGGGUUUUGAGUGGUCAGAUCACGGUCAGACGUGUGGGCGGCGGCGCUUUAAGAAGGUGUGGUUCAUUUGGUCAACCCAUAUUAAAUCAUCAAGGCUCUCAGCACUCAGACAUCCUUGAAAACCACAUCUGUGCUAGAGGGGAUGCACACGACAACACACACACACACACAAACACUGUAUACCUUAUCCUGUCGUCCCUCCAUCUCCAUCUCCACACACACACACACACACACAGUGAAAGACACUCAAAACGGGACGAGAAGGAAAUUGAAUUGUGCAUGUUUUAUUAUUUGAGCGGUGCAGUGCUUUAGCCAGGCCCCCGUCCACUGUAAUGGUGUAAUGUAUAUUUCAUUACAGCCUAAUGGGCUCCAUUAGCACAGUCUCCUCACAGACAUUCAAGACUUAUUGUUUUAUGGCUGAGAAGGAAGGAUGGAGGGAUGGAGAGGAGAGGAGAGGUGAAGGAGAAGAAAACAGAGAGAGAGGGUCCUGGAGUGGGGAGAAAUAAGAGGAGAGGUAAUAACACAUAUUGGGAAAGAAAUGGAGAGGAAGGGAAGCAAAUGGGGUAGAAAGGAGGAGACGAUGGGAGCGGAAAAAGGUACGAAUGGGGAGAAAGAUGAAGGAGAAAGAGAAGAUAGCGGGGUGAAAAAGGAGGGAGAGGAGGUGUGAAUGUCCUCGGGGAGAGAAGUGAGAGCGAACAUCCAUCAUUACCGCGGCCUGCAGAUGUUCUGUAAAGCCACAACUUCAACUUCCCGUCACAUUCCUACAGCCGCCCUCAAAACCACAUGCACACACACACACUUCACACGCACACACAUUUACACUGAAAAUGAGCUCAAUAAUGUACCACACAUCCCCCAUUAUUGAGAACCACUUCACUCACUUACAGUACAGCUCACACAUCUGGUCAAGACACUCUGUAUAUACAUCGCAUGCAUGCAAGGAAACACAUUUGUUUUUGCAUUUUUACCGGGGCAUAUGUUACUCUUUACAGACAUAAUCACUGCGGUUUCACUAUAACAGCCAUUUGAAUUAGCUGUAAAACAUCCAAUCUGGAAUUCUAAGUCUUAUUUGUUUAUUAACAGCAGCACUUGAUGGUAUUGAUGUUUGUGAACUUGGAUUGAUUUCUAGUAUUAUUUAUAAAUUAAGAAGCAUUUUGUACAUUUCUUUCUAUAUCUAAUGUUGCCUUUUUGCAACAGAAACUGAUCACUGGUUUAAUUAUGUUUUAGCUACUCUGUAAGAUAAUCUUGAGUGUGUAUGUAUUUUUAUGUCAGCUACCUAGCCUGUCCUCAUGUACAGCGCGCUCUACAACGGGGAUGGAUGUUUCACCAUGUCUGCCACGUUUGUAGAUUUAGCAAAAAUUAUUGUCGCCUGUCAGACACACGAGUGCGAGGGGUUAAUGGCUGCAGCAUUGACAAGGCGUGCUAACAAGGUCCUCAACAUCCAUCCCUGCUGUAUAGUCAAGUAGAGUUUGCACUGAGUGAGCACACUCAAACACCAUUAAAAAAAAAAAAAACUUUCCACACAAUAACUCUGCGCAAUAACAGAGGGCAGGGUGUGUGAGAAGCAAACGCAGUGCAUACCGAUGUCAAAAGAGUGGAGCUGCACUGUGUGUGUACGUACCUGCUGUGUUUCCUUUUCUUUUUUUAAAUAAUGAACUGUGUCAAGUUGGACAGCGGUGACGUUUUUUGACAGUUAGCCUAUAGGAAGAGGCUUUGAGAUGAAGACUUGUCAGCACAAACUUUAACCCCGGCUGAAGAUGGGCUGUCUUUGCAUCGAUGCCUCAGAUCAAACAUAUUGGUCAAACAA